CGAGCAGUGACCGCGACAUCCAAACGCUCGCGAUGGCCCUGAAGCGCAUCAAGAAGGAGCUGGAGGACAUCAGCCGGGACCCACCGGCCAACUGUUCGGCGGGCCCCGUCGACCAUGCGGACCUGUUCAACUGGCAGGCUACCAUCAUGGGCCCGACAGAGAGUCCCUUCGAAGGGGGAGUGUUCAGGCUGAACAUCGUCUUCCCCAAGGACUACCCGUUCAAGCCGCCCAAGGUGAGCUUCGUGACCAAAAUAUACCACCCGAACAUCAGCACGCACGGCGACAUCUGCCUGGACAUCCUCAAGUCGCAGUGGUCGCCGGCCCUGUCCAUCGCCAAGGUGCUGCUGUCAAUCUGCGUGCUCAUGUGCGACCCGAACCCGGACGACCCGCUGAUGCCUCGCGUGGCGUCCGUCUACAAGAACAACCGCAGCCUGUACGAGGCGACCGCUAGGGAGUGGACGAGGACGUACGCCAUGGAGUAGGGAU